ACCUUGGCUGCUUUCUCCCAGCACCUGCCCUCCUGCAAGCUGGUUGCUGAGCAAGCAGGACUCUCCUGAAAUGCCAGCCCCCUGCCAGCCCUGCCGGGAGAGACGGAGACCCUGUCACCUGCGCAGGAUCGGCCGCCAAGCUGCAGCCCCGGACCAUGCUGACUUCAUCCAUUUCCCUAACACCGUCACGCUGGUUGGCCGAAGCGUGGCCGCCGUGGACGCCUUCCUCAGCUCUGCUGCCCAGAGGAGCCGCGAGUACAUCUCCCGCAUCCACGCCCGGGUGAUCCGCACGGCUGGGGCCUACAAGCUCGUGGAUUCCAGCCUAACCGGGGUGUAUAUCAAUGACGUCCGGAUCAGCGAAAAAGUAGUGUUGCAAGAAGGCGAUACGGUUACUUUUGGGCAUCCGUGCUGGAGGAGCGUUAACCCCGGGAGUCGCGUCCGGCAGCCAAAUUCUCCAUUUUAUUACUUGUUUGAGCCCUGCGGCUGCAGUGCGGAGCAAAGGCAAGGCCUGUGCGGAGAGAGGAGACCUUUCCCCCAAAGGCUUCCUGCGUUGGCAUCUGCUGGGGCACCGGUGCCAGUGAGCUCAGGGAUGGGAUUUGCACCCACACUCGCAGGGGACCCACCUGGCGCUCUGCCUGGCUCUGCCCACCAACGUCCGGCCAUCAGCAAUCCGUCCUCUGCAGCUUCAUUCCUGCCUCCAGCUGCAUCGUCAGCAUCCAUAAAUUCUCUUAGCCUGACUUCCAGUUUGCCAGGAGCACCUGGUCAGCCCACACCUGGGGCAUUGCCUCCUUCUGCCCCAAGAGAUGCUCCCAGGCCUGUCCCUCCACUUCUGCGUUCUGCUUCGCCUGGGGAGGGUUCACGCACCACCGCAGAAUCUUCUCCCUGGAGCAGCCUUGAGGCGACGCACUUCCCCUUCUCUCAGGGAAGCCCAGAAUCCAAGAAUCCCUCCACCCCAAGUGGCAGCGAGGAGACCAUUGCAGACGACCCCCAGAGCGGAGUAUCAGUUAGCGCAGCAGCCGGGCUCCCGGAGGAUCUGCCGCAGGACCCAGGCGUCUCUCAGGUGGGGGGUUCUGAGCUCUCUGUUUCCAGCACCAAAGAGCGGCUUCCCAGUGACUCUGACCAUGCUGAAGAGAUGAGGGACGUGGACCUGGAUCAAGGCCCUGAAGACACAGCUGGACCUGAUGCCCAGGCGCAAGUCAGAGGGGCUGCAAGCAGAAUGGAAAUUCAGAGCCCCAGAGAAGAACACCAGGAGAGCUCUAGGGAGAAGGCCUUACCUGAAGCUUCUGGCUGGGCAGAAAACAGGGCAAGCGACCUCAGUGUGCAGAAUUUGGCACAGCUCCCUGCGGAAUCGGGAGAGGCUGAGCUGGAUGCAGCAAGCAGAGCUUCUGAUGACUUUUCUCCUGCUGAAGAAACAGAUGGCGACUUACUGGAUAGUGACUCUUCUGCAAAGUGGAGUCAAGAGGAGUUUGACUCUGAGAGAGAGAGUCCCGCUUUGCUGCCAGGGAACCUGUCCUGUGAGACCCGGAGGAGCGACGAUGAAAUCAGCUUGCAAGAAUGGGCUUCUGAGAGCAGUGACAACAUGGACAUGGAGCCCCCUGCAAAUGCAAGCCUGCUAGCGAUGGACAGUCCUGCUGCUGCUGCAGGAGAUGGCAGUUUCUUUGAUCCAGAGUUGGGCUCGGGAGGUGCAGAGGCUGCAAGUGGCAAGGUCUGCAUUGCAAAACGGUCUUAUGCCGAAGUGGGAACCCAGACUGAGUGUGCAAAAAGAAGGAAGUUGGGUGUAGAGACUGCAGAGCCUUUGAAAGAAGACGACCCUGGCGGAAUGGCUUGUGACGAUGGCAGCAAGUUAAACACGGACAGGGUGACGGAGGGGCUCCUUCAGCAACCGCCCAGAACUUCAGAAGUAGGUGCCCCAGCUGACAAUGAGCAUGCCAAGGGCGAGUUCUCCCCACAAGUAGAAGAGGAUCCUGUGGCAUCUUCUGGAGGAACGCAGGAGAUCCUGUCUUCAGGAGAUCUACCAGAAACUAAUGAAGAGGGGACUGCUGUGGUGGCUGCAUUGCCUUCAACCUCCCAUCUCCUGCCAGGAGGGGAGAUCCCCGAAGAGUCUGUUGAAACGUUUGGACACCCAGUGGAUGUUUAUGGAAAGCUCUUCUGUGGGGCCGUUCUCAAAAGAAAGACACCUCCCUUGGAAGAGUGGGGGGAGGGCACUGUUGUUGUGAGCAAACGGAGAAUGGAGGAUGCAUGUGCCAGACCUGACAGAGGCCCAGAGGACUGUGCUGCUGAUUCCAUCCUUGAGGCCAAAGGAGGGAUGAGUGAACAUGAUGGGCUUUUGCUUGAAACUGUUCCCGGUGGUGCGUCGGGGGCUGGGUUGUCCGGACAGUCCAGUUGUGUCAUCAACUGUGAGAUGGAAUGCCAAGAGGAGAUGGACAACAAUGAUCUUCCUGAGGGCAGGGAGGUGAAGAGGGAAGGGAGGAGCGUCAGGGCAGCUGGUGGCCAAGAUGAAGCCAACGGAGAAGGUGGCCUGGAGAGAGAUCCGAGUCCAGAUGCAGUGCGGGAGGAGAUGGUUGGCAGCGCCAGGGCUGAAGGGACCCUCCAAAGCUCUGGUGGGAACUGGGCGCCACCCUCUCCAGACUCAGCGGGAAGAAAGACAAGGGAGUUUCCUCCUGAGAUAAGUGGAGAUGACCUUGAAGAGGGAGGGGUCCCCCACACGGAAGGUUACUGUGCAAACACAGAGGUGUCUUCUCAGGCAAGCGGAAAGGAAGCAGGAAGGAGCUUGGAAGCUAAAAAGAGUUACCUUUUGGCCCACCAAGGUGGCAUUGACAGGGAAGACAGUAUGGACCCGAAUGGAGAAAGUGCAGCCGAGGCCCAAGAGUGCGGUGUCAGGGCAGGAUGCUCAGAUGGAACAAAGGUGGAUCCUGACCAGAACGAGCCUCUUGGGACCUCUGCCCACCUGGAACGCCAGCAAGAGUCUCCUGCGCCUGGUCAGCGACAACUGCAGCCUCCUGGCCCUGAGCCUGAGGAUCUGGAAGAUAACUUUGCAGUGAAGCCCCGGGGAAGCGAUGUGGGGAGAGAGCUGUUUCACCCUGAAGACUCCCGCAUGGAAGGCAGCGUUUGGGAGGAAGCCUGUGAAGGAAACGGGGCUGCUGAGCGGCCAGAUCCGGAAAAAGAGAACAGAAGGGGCCACUCUGGGGAGGAAGGGGGUGGGCUUGGACAGACCCCUGAGAGCUGCCAUUGCACCGAGGGAAAAGGCAGCCUCCCGUUGGACACUCCUAGUGCUGGCUCUGGGAGCCCUGGGGCCGGAGAGGGGGUCACUGCUGGAGACGCCCCAAGGGAGACCCACACUGAGCCUGCAGAGGUCCCAGAGUCCUCUUGUGGCCGUGAGCUCAGCUGUCUCCUCUCUGACUCUGAAGUUGGAAAGGAGGAGGACAGAGGCAACCUUCAGAGAGAGAGAAGUCCACUUUGGCAUUCAGACAGGGUUUCAGAGAAUCACGAGGCCUGGAGGAAGCCACCUGAGGAAUCCACAGCUCGCGAGACAUGUGAUGCAAGUGCUGAGCCACCAGAGGGUUCGGGGGUGUUGGAUGCUGGUUUGGAACAAAAUGAUUCUUCCCACGAUGAGGUGUGCUGUGACCCAGAAGAUGCUUCAGCUGUUGUACCUCAGACCCACAACCCAGAGGUGGCCGUGGGGGGGAAAUCUCCUCCUUUGCCAAGAACUGCCGUGGUGAGAGAGGAGCUGGAGCAUCGAGCUGUUGAAGGAGCUGACCUUGUGGCUGUCAAUCUCGCCUGCCUUCCUGUGGAAUCUCCUUGCCUGGCAGAAAGCGAUGCCAAAUUUGGUGCAGAGGAUCAGGCCCCAGAGAGUCCUGGAGGAUCGGCUGGAGAUUCUGGUUCGCAUCUUGUUCAAGACAAUCGGCCGGCGGAAGAUGAGUUUCCUGGCCAACCCAGAGUGGGAAUCUCAGGUGCGUCUCUUGAAGUUGGAGAAACAAUCAGAGAGUCUUCGGCCUGUGAAACACCUGCCAGCCGCACUCCAGGAGAAGAGGCAGGUUUCCUGAAGGGAGGAGCAGAAGCGCCGCUACUCCAGCAUCAAGAGAUGGAAACAGUGCCGUGCCCGGGAGAUGGGUGCCAACCAGAAGGUGGUUCAGACCCUUCUGGGGAGUUUGGUGAGGCUUUUGAUGGCUCGGGGCAUUGCAGAAGACUUUUGCAGGAGGAGGAAGAGGAAGAGUCAAAAGCCUCUUUCUCCAGAAAAAGGCAUUUCAGUGAAGAUCAGGCCGCCAGGAUGACCAGCUUGGAAAAUGGUUCUUUGUGUGAGGAGCAGCUCUGCCUGCUGGACCCUGUUUCAGUUCGGGCUUCUACACCUGACCUGCACCCUUUGACCAUGACAGCUCCUGCUCCUCUGAACCCAGAAGGGCUUCCAGGCCACUUUGGCAGAGCUGCAGGGAAGCCUCCAAACCAGCACAACAGCCAGGCAACCCUGUCCCUGGGAGAAGCAGAACAGAAGAACGGGGAGAGCUUUGCCCAGAAGGCGAGAGGGUGCUUUGAAAACACACUUUGCUCCGAUGAGCCAGCAAGCGAAAAUGAAAAGGCAGACGAAGCUGAAACUGCUGAAGGGGAAGAUUGCCAGUCGGAUGAGAUCAUAGAGGCUGGGAGAUGCCCAAGCUCAGGUGAAGAGGAAGUCGGCAAAGUCCAGUCUCAGAACCCCUCCCUGGAUGAAGCAGGUUCAACCCCUGGCCAGUCAGGCCGCCUCUCUCAUGAACAAGACAAAGACACGUCUGACCCUAUUCCAGAGAGCGUGUGGGACACCUAUUUCUCGGAAGAGGAGAGCUUCCAGUUGUCUGUGUGUUCGGGGGUACAGAAUUCUCCCCCCAGCUCUCCCGCAAAGUCCCCCGAGGCAGAAAGUGCUCCCAGUCAGAAGAACAUGGACUUUCUCUUCUCUGACAUCUCCAACAGUUCGGCUGAAUCUCACUCCUGCGAACGUUCUCCCAGGCCGCCUGGCAGGGGCGCUUCUGGGGCAGAAGGCGAUGGGCUCCCCGCAGGGGGUUCUGACUGGGUGGGGAAGGGGGCCGAGGCAAACGUGGAACCAGAUUCUUCCUCUGGCCCAGAAACUUCUGACAUGGACUGGUUUGAUGAAGACCCACAGACCCCGUCCCAUCAGCCUGUGUCCCCCAGGGAAAGCACCCCAACUUCUAGCGGUGACCCCCCCUCUGAGCCUGACUAUCCCAUCAGCUUUGCUCCCGGUGAAUGUGACGCCUACGACCUCCAAGAAGAGGGCGGCAACGAGGCUCCCAGCGUAGAGGGGUCUGGAUGGGCUGCCCCCCCUAUGAGCCCCACAGCUGGUGCGGAAGAGGAAGAGGUGGUGAUGGAAAUGGAGACAGGGGGUCUUAGUCCAGAGAGAAGCCCUGGGGGUUCAUCAUGCCAAGAUAUGGAGCGUGACCUUGGUGUUGACCCGCCUUCUGCAUUAUCGUCUCCUGAGGCGAGGAGAAACAUGGAACAUCCUCAGUGGCCUUACAAAGAGCAUCUCUGCCCAGACAGCGGUGGGAAUCUCACUUCCUCUCCCUCCAGGACAACGUCUGUUGCUGCUGCUUGUGAGCCAGCCAGCUGCCCCAUGUUGGGUGACGUGAAGAGCGAAGAUCUGGCUGCUUCUUGCUCCAGCCCAACUCAGGUGAGCAAUCCAGGUGAGCAUCCUUUGGUGCUGAACAGACCAGGCUCACUUCUGCCCUCCUCUGAGGAUCCUGGUUCUGCCGGGAUGGCUGAAAGCAUUGAGAAAGAUCCUGAGCAGGACCUGAUCGGCGGCAGCCGUGGGGCAGGAUGGGAAGGACCUGAGGACUCCAGCAGCCCUCCGCAAGAAGCUCCAGGGAACCCCUUGCUGGUCACAGGUGUGCCUGGCGAUCAGAUGCCUGCUUGCAGCCCCUCAGAACAGAAAGAUGGCGCCUCCGCUCUGGGUUGCUUGGCAGGUGCACCUUGGGUUUCUCGGAGCUUCAAGGAAGAAAAGGACCCGUGUGGUACUGGAGAAAGGCAGGACGGCCCCAGCUGCGACACAGCGUACCCCACGGCUUGCUCCCCAGUCAUCAGAGUCCUGCAUAAACCCAAAGCCUCAGCAAACAGCCAGCCAGAGAGUUUCACAAGCUCUGGAGACUUUGGAAACAGAGACCGGUUGCUCCUUCCUUGUUGGCUAGAAGAGGCUGAGUUGAGCUCGCAGCUGGAUAUGGAGCGCGUCUGCUCAGACGACGAAUCUGUGGCCUGUCCUCCUUCUCCGGGCUCUGAAAGAGGCUCCUCCGUGUCAGGAGACGGUGCUGGGCCUUCUGCACCUCUGGAGGCUGAGGUGACGGGGCAGUUGGAUGGGGAGCAGGGGGGCUCCGGCGAUGAGUCUGUGCCCUGCCCUUCCCCUCUGGGCUCUGAAGACGCAGGCUCUUCCUCCAAGUCGAGAGGCCCUCCCGGGGCUUCUGGUACCCAGUCACAGAGCGACCGCUGGCCUUAUGCUGCUGGAGCACAGAGUGAUGACCCGAAAGACUGGGCAUCCUGCGAGCAAGACGUUGAGUUUCAGUUGCAGGAGUGCCAGUCUGUCCUCAGAGAGAUCUUGCGGUCCCUGGAGUCCCUGGAAGGGAUUGACCGGCUGCAUAUGGAGAAGUGGAGAGAGCAGGUUGCGUCUCUCCAGAAGGCCACUCAGAUGCCCCAGACCCACAUUGCGGUGGUGGGCAACACGGGGGCAGGGAAGAGCUGCCUGCUGAAUGCCCUUCUGGAUGAGGAGGCCGUGCUGCCCACCUCGGCCAUGAGAGCCUGCACCGCCGUGGUGGUGGAGGUCUCCCGGGCGGACGGGAGCAGCCCCUACGAGGCGGAUGUGGAGUUUCUCUCCCGAGAGGAGUGGGAGAAGGAGCUGAAGGCUCUCCUUGAGGACAUGAAGGACAAGUUUGGCCACCUGAAGAGGCGCUGCCCAGAUCGCAAGACGGAAGCCUGGGCCGCCUACAGCCGCGUGAAGGCCGUCUACGGGAGAGUCGAUGAGCUGGAGAAGCUGGAGGAGAUGCAGGAGGUGACGCAGCACCUGGGGACGGUGAAACACGUCUGCGCUGAGACGGCGACAGAGUUCCGCGCCGCCAUCGAGAGGUUCAUUGAUUCCCGAACGGACAAUUUGCGGGAGAUGAAAGGCGGGGAGUUUUGGCCCAUUGUGAAAUGCGUCCGGAUCCGUCUCGCCAAGGCUGAAGUGUUGAGGACGGGGGCUGUGCUGGUGGACUUGCCUGGCGUCCGAGACGCCAACGCGGCUAGAGACAGCGUGGCCAAAGAGUACCUGAAGAACUGCCGUGCCGUGUGGGUGGUGGCCAGUAUCACCCGAGCCGUGGACGACAAGACGGCGAAGGAGACCCUGAGUGCGAGUGUGCGCAGGCAGCUGCUGAUGGACGGCCUGUACGGCAGCCUGGCUUUUGUCUGCACCAAGUCGGACAGCUUCAACAUUACAGAUAUAGUCAGGAACCUGGACUUGAGAGGCGAGAUUCAGCCCAUCGAAGAUGAAGUGAGAGAGCUGGAUAAUCAGAAAAUGCAAGCCGAGAGGGAGAAGGAAAGACUCUACGCAUCUUUGCAGCAAGAGCAGCCGUCGCCGUGGGAGAGACCAGGAUGCGAUGCCUCCGACUCAGCCUGGCUCCAAAGACGCCACGACCUUCUGGAAAAGGAGUUCAGAAUCAGUGCCUUGCAGAGGCAGAAGGAGGCGAAGCUCCGCGAGAUUAGCCUGAUCUGUGUCCGGGCCCGGAAUAAGUAUUCCAAGCAGCAGAUUCAGUUGGAGUUCAGCGCCAGCCUGGAGGACAUGACCAGGAAAGCAGCAUCUCCUGAGAGCGAGGAGGACGGUGACGAAGACCUGGAGGAAGGCGAUGCCACCAGGUCGGACUCUGGCAACACUGGGGAAGUUGAAUCCCUUCGCGGCAAGCUUCAGGUGUUCACGGUCAGCUCUACGGAAUAUCUCAAGCUCUGCGGGAAGCUGAUCAGAGACGGCCAGCCUCAAGUCUUCCACGACCCCCAGGACACAGAAAUACCGGCCUUGAAGGCGUUUGCCAUGCGCACAGCCUUGAAGCACAGCAUGGGGGCGGCAGAGAAGCUCAUCCGGGACUUGGCUCGGGUCCUCAGCCAAAUAGUGAAUUACCUGACCAGCCAGAGAGCAGAGACCGACAUCCAGGAGAGUGUGUGGCAGUCCCUGCAUCAGCUCCCCAGCCUCCUCCAGGAGGCCAUCGACUGCAGCCUCUGCGAAACCCGGCACUGCUUGGAAGGCCUUCUCUUUGCCAGCCUGGCCAAGGGCAUCAGCAGGGCUAAGGAGCUGUGCCAGGACGUCGUCAGGAGCUGGGGCUGCCCCGUGAACGGCUACCCACACGCCAUGUACCGGGCCGCCUGCAACCACCACGGUCUCUACGCCUCUCCGACCCUCAACCGUGUGGUGGAUUUCAACAGCCACCUCGCCAAACCGAUCUGGGAGGCCCUGGCUGGGACGUGGAACGAGGUCUUCAACUGUCAGCUGAAAGAGUCCAUUCAGGGCUUCGCUGCUGCCAUCUUGGACAAGCUGAGGCGCUUCUUCAAAGACCUCCGGAAGAAACUCUGCAAGCACAGCGGGGUGGCAGCUGCAAUACACACCAUUCGCCGCCAGCAGAUGGAGGCGGCUUCAGCGAGGUUGCUCAACUUCACCCUGAGUCUGAUGGAUUACAUCACUGAAAGGCAGAGGAGCUUUUCCCGCAUCCUGACGCCAGAGAUCCGGAAACGCAUGGAGCCAGCGUAUGCAGCUUGCACCCAGAUGUCGGGCCCCGGCUACUUCCAGCGCAUGAAGGCCUGCAUGGAGCAUUUCAUCAGCACGGAGAAACACACCGUCUUCGAUGCGGCUGCAAACUUGCUGCAGGAGCGGCUGAAACUGCUGCAGCAACACAUUGGAGCGAGGUUUCAGGAUUUGGCCCAGGAGCUGCAGACAUCCCUGAAAAUGCAGCUGGAGCCGCUGCUGAAGCCUGUCCAGAAGAACGCGAAGAUAACCUCAGAAUUAAUGACCAUCUGCACCAAGGUUGACAAGAUUUGUAGGCGCUCCUGCGUCAGUUACAUCCUUCCCUGCCCCACACAAGGAGAGGACAGUUUCCCCGAAAUGAGGAGAGGCCUGCAGGGGAGUCAGGAUCCCCCAAGCUCCUUGGCCACGUGCAUGGAUGUCCGGAUCGGAGCCGUCUCUCUCGCACCCCUCCAGGUGACUCUGUACCCGUAUGGCUCAAAGAGGGCAGGGGAGCUCCUCCAACCGCGGCUGGAGAAGAAGCACAAAGGCCAGGCCGCAGCGCCUGGGGCAGGAUGUGGCCCUGCUGGGCUCCCCUCUCCGAGCUCCAGGGGGACCAUGGAAGCCAAGCCAGGGACCUGCCCCCCGGCCCUGGAGGGCUGCCAGCAGGAGGCCGGCCUUCUCUCCGGAGCCCCUCAGCCCCACGUGCCUGUGAAAGUGGAAAGUUCAGCAGGUAAAACACACAAGAAUUACUUGUAUGGAGUGAAGUGGGUGGCGCAGCCCCAGCAGUUCCUGACAGGUGUCCAUCCAACCUCUGCUUGCAAAUGGCCCCUUUCCCAGACGACAGGUGUCCUCCAUGUCUGGGCCAAAGAGGGAAUCUGGGGGAAGCGUUCGACUCUCAGCGCCGAGAAGGAAGAGGCGAGUGGGAAGCUGAAGGCUGAGAAGAUGGAGACGGGCCCUCGCCCUGCCGGUGCCACCUGGGUGACCCACUGA